CUAAGGCGCAGCAUUUUAGGGUUCCUUUGGGAUGUUUUCCCUCCUCUUUCCCUGGAGCAGUAGCAUUGCCACCGGCAAUGCGAGGUAUGUGCAUCGAUGUGGCUGUGCGGCCGAGAGCGCUAGCGAUGUAGCCUCCUCUUGUCCGGAGGAUUUGGCAGCGAGGAUUGCCGGCAUUUUGCCAAAUGCGAGGCUAAAGAAGUCGCUCGAAACGCGCAAGCUGAGACGAAGCGUGGGCAUCGAUUAUGGCCUGGAGAGGACGGGAAUCGCUGUGACCUUCUGUGGCUUGGCUCCUCGUCCUCUAUCGGUGAGCAAACUCAAGGGUGACAAUCUCAUCAAGAAGCUGCUGUCUGUUGCAAAGAAGGAGAAAGCUGAUGAAUUUAUAGUUGGAUUGCCGAGAUCAUGGGACGCUCAGGAAACUGAGCAAUCAAACAAGACACGCACUUUCGCGGGAAGGCUUGCACAGUAUAGUGCUGAAGAGGGUGUGAGAGUUUUCCUUCACGACGAAUACAUGACAUCAGAAGAUGCGCUGGAGUUUAUGAUCUACAGGGGCAGCACCAAGAAAUCACGAAGGCUCGAAGUAGAUGCAUAUGCAGCUGUGAUUAUUCUACAAACAUAUUUUCACAACGACGGCCGCUUUGCGCAGCUGAUGGUCCCCAAACGUGGGGAGCUCCAAGAGACACUCUGCUCCAAAUAUUACCAGAGGUUGUCUCAAAUUGAAGAAGACGAAGACGAAGAUGAAGACAACGAGGAACUGUAAAGAUUUCGUUAUUUUUGCCCCUAUGAGUUGUCUACGAGUUCAAUAGCUCCUAAGCUAUGACAGCACGCGCCGGAUACUUACAAGACUAUCUUAUUCUGUGAUUGGAAAUUAUCGCCAAGGUCUCCGGUUUUUACUUCUAAGUUAUCAUAUUUUGGACAGGC